UGGCGGGCGGCCGGCCCGGUGCGGGAGCCGGGCAGCGGCGCGGAGGUGGAGGAGAAGGAGGCGAAAGAGAAAGGCAGCCUGGAGGGAGGGAGCGCCGACCCACAGACUAGCACAGCAAAUUCUCCACCGUCCUCUAGCACCCACCAAGCGGCGGCAGUGGCAGUGUCUAGAAAUAGAGCGCUAGAAAUAUAAAAUCACCCCGCUCCUGCACCAUGGCUUUCCAAAGUAGGCUCCCUUCUUGGAUUAUUUUGUGCUCCGUCUGGCUGUUCCGCUUUGCACACACGGGGGAGGCACAGGCUGCAAAAGAAGUAAUAUUGCUGGACUCUAAAGCACAACAGACAGAGUUGGAAUGGAUUUCCUCUCCUCCCAACGGGUGGGAAGAAAUUAGUGGACUGGAUGAAAACUACACUCCUAUACGAACAUACCAGGUAUGCCAGGUGAUGGAAUCAAACCAAAACAACUGGCUUCGGACUAACUGGAUUGCAAAAAGCAAUGCACAAAGGAUUUUUGUAGAACUGAAAUUCACUCUGAGGGAUUGUAACAGUCUUCCUGGAGUUCUGGGGACUUGUAAAGAAACUUUUAACUUGUAUUAUUAUGAAACAGACUACGACACUGGCAGGAAUAUCCGAGAAAACCAAUAUGUAAAAAUAGACACUAUUGCAGCAGAUGAAAGUUUUACCCAGGGUGAUCUUGGGGAGAGAAAAAUGAAACUUAACACAGAGGUGAGAGAAAUUGGACCUUUGUCCAAAAAAGGAUUCUAUCUUGCAUUUCAGGACGUAGGGGCCUGCAUUGCUUUGGUCUCUGUCAAAGUCUACUACAAGAAGUGCUGGUCCAUCAUUGAGAACUUAGCUAUUUUUCCUGACACAGUGACUGGCUCAGAGUUUUCCUCUUUAGUUGAAGUGCGAGGAACUUGUGUCAGCAGUGCGGAGGAGGAGGCGGAGAACUCGCCGAAGAUGCACUGUAGUGCAGAGGGAGAAUGGUUAGUGCCUAUUGGAAAAUGUAUCUGCAAAGCAGGAUACCAGCAGAAAGGAGACACAUGUGAACCUUGUGGCCGUGGGUUCUACAAAUCCUCCUCACAAGAUCUGCAGUGCUCCCGCUGCCCUAGUCACAGCUUCUCUGACAAGGAAGGAUCUUCCAGAUGCGACUGUGAAGAUAGCUAUUAUAGAGCACCUUCUGAUCCACCAUAUGUCGCAUGCACAAGACCUCCAUCUGCACCACAGAACCUAAUUUUCAAUAUCAACCAGACUACUGUGAGUUUGGAGUGGAGUCCUCCUGCAGACAAUGGGGGAAGAAGUGAUGUGACCUACCGCAUUUUGUGCAAGAGGUGCAGCUGGGAGCAGGGCGAGUGUGUUCCCUGUGGGAGUAACAUUGGAUAUAUGCCCCAGCAAACUGGAUUAGUAGAUAACUAUGUCACUGUCAUGGACCUGCUAGCUCAUGCUAACUACACGUUUGAAGUUGAAGCUGUGAAUGGGGUUUCUGACUUGAGUCGUUCCCAGAGGCUUUUUGCAGCUGUCAGUAUUACCACUGGCCAAGCAGCUCCCUCACAAGUUAGUGGCGUAAUGAAAGAAAGAGUGCUGCAGAGGAGCGUGGAGCUUUCCUGGCAGGAACCAGAACAUCCCAAUGGAGUCAUUACUGAAUAUGAAAUCAAGUAUUAUGAGAAAGAUCAAAGGGAGAGGACCUAUUCAACAGUGAAAACCAAGUCCACUUCAGCUUCUAUUAAUAAUCUAAAGCCAGGAACAGUGUAUGUUUUCCAGAUUCGUGCUUUUACUGCUGCUGGUUAUGGAAAUUACAGCCCCAGACUGGAUGUUGCCACACUGGAAGAAGCCACAGCCACAGCUGUUUCCAGUGAACAGAAUCCUGUUAUUAUCAUAGCUGUGGUUGCUGUGGCAGGAACUAUCAUCCUGGUCUUCAUGGUGUUUGGAUUCAUCAUUGGACGAAGGCAUUGUGGCUAUAGCAAAGCGGAUCAAGAAGGGGAUGAAGAACUUUACUUUCAUUUUAAAUUUCCAGGCACCAAAACCUACAUUGACCCUGAAACCUACGAGGACCCAAAUAGAGCUGUCCAUCAAUUCGCCAAGGAGCUAGAUGCCUCUUGUAUUAAAAUUGAGCGUGUGAUUGGCGCAGGAGAGUUUGGUGAAGUGUGUAGUGGGCGUCUAAAGCUUCCUGGCAAGAGAGACGUUGCAGUAGCCAUAAAAACUCUGAAAGUUGGCUACACUGAAAAGCAGAGGAGAGAUUUCCUGUGUGAAGCAAGCAUCAUGGGGCAGUUUGACCAUCCCAACGUGGUUCACUUAGAAGGAGUCGUUACCAGAGGGAAACCAGUCAUGAUUGUAAUAGAAUACAUGGAGAAUGGGGCCUUAGAUGCAUUUCUUAGGAAACAUGAUGGGCAAUUUACAGUCAUUCAGCUAGUGGGAAUGUUGAGAGGAAUUGCUGCUGGAAUGAGAUAUUUGGCCGAUAUGGGAUAUGUACACAGGGAUCUUGCAGCACGCAAUAUUCUUGUCAACAGCAACCUUGUUUGUAAAGUAUCAGACUUUGGCCUUUCCAGAGUUAUAGAAGAUGAUCCAGAGGCUGUCUACACUACAACCGGCGGAAAAAUUCCAGUGAGAUGGACAGCUCCAGAGGCCAUUCAGUACCGCAAAUUUACAUCAGCCAGUGAUGUGUGGAGUUAUGGAAUAGUUAUGUGGGAAGUAAUGUCUUAUGGAGAACGGCCUUACUGGGACAUGUCAAAUCAAGAUGUUAUAAAAGCAAUCGAAGAAGGCUAUCGUUUGCCAGCACCCAUGGAUUGCCCAGCGGGACUGCACCAGCUGAUGCUGGAUUGUUGGCAGAAGGAACGCGGUGAAAGGCCAAAGUUUGAGCAGAUAGUUGGCAUUCUGGACAAAAUGAUUAGAAAUCCAAACAGCUUGAAAACCCCACUGGGAACCUGUAGCAGACCAAUUAGCCCUCUUCUGGACCAGAACACUCCCGAUUUUACCACUUUCUGCUCCGUAGGCGAAUGGUUACAAGCUAUUAAGAUGGAAAGAUAUAAGGAUAAUUUCACAGCAGCAGGCUACAACUCUCUUGAAUCAGUUGCCAGGAUGACUAUUGAGGAUGUGAUGAGUUUAGGGAUCACGUUGGUUGGCCAUCAAAAGAAAAUCAUGAGCAGCAUUCAGACUAUGAGAGCACAAAUGCUACAUUUACACGGCACUGGCAUCCAAGUGUGAUAGACAUUUCUCCCUUAUGAGGGAGGUGACAGACUGAGAGAACAGCACUGGCCUUCAGUAUAUAUGAAGUGCUGCUAGAAGACACUUGAUUUCCUGGGUCCUUCCUGCAGUGAAUAGAAGAGCUACAAGAAGCACCUACAGACUUGAACUCCUAAGUGCCACCAGAAUUUAUGAAAAGGGAAUUAGGAUCCACCAGUGGUGGCAAGGAAAACAGCAGUGACAAUAAACAAAGUACUACCUGAAUAAACAUACAAACACCUUGAGCUCUCUAACCUCCUUUUUAUCUAAUAGACUUUUUAAAUGUACAUAAAAAUUUAAAAAAGAAUAUAUUUGUCAGAUAAAAUCAUGAUAUUAUUGUUGAAUUCAACAAAAUAUUUUCCUUAAAUCUGUGAUUUCUGAAUCUUUUUUUAAUCAUUUGUGUUUAUUCUUCAUAAAGACUUUCUUUUAGUAUGAUGUUUAUAUCUUUGGACCUUUUUAGUGCUAAUUCAAUGACACAUUACUACACUGGGUACCUCUGAAGGAUUAUUUGAGUUCCUAGAGAUUUAAGAAGCAUGACCAAGCAAUGUAUAUCUAUCCGAACUUUGGUAUCCUUUUGUGCCAUUUCCUUUUGUUAAAUCAGCACCGUAUUGACAUGGCUAGCUAAUUGGCAGGGAGUCAGGAAAAUGCAAGUUGCCAAGAGCUCUGAUAUUUUUUAAAGAAUUUUUUAAGGUUAUACAUAUGCUAUCUUUUAAAAGAAAAUAAAAGAGAAAAAAAAAAGUAAAGAAAAAGAAAAGCAAUAAUGACCCCUAAGUAGUUCUAGGCACUUUUAGCAAAUUGUUUGCAAGAUGAUUUUAAUGGACUAGAGUUAAACUGAGAUAUAUUCUAAGAUGUAGAUCUGCAGCUGUAAACCUGCUGAGACAGAGCAUUGAAUGGACAAGUGAUUGUAGGGGUGUCUCAGAACACAGGUGCAGUUCUCCAGUGUUACCUAAACCAUUUAAUCUGAGCACAUCACAUUUUUUUUCAGUACUCUGCAUUAGCAAAUCUAAGAGAAAUAGCUGGUGUAUAUUUUCUAUGAGUUUAAGCCGUAUGCAGUCCAGCUGUCAGAAUAAGGACAAUAGCUUUUAUAUGAGAACUGUAGAGCAUGAGACAAGGGGCAGUUCAAAAUUUUCAAUUUUUUUACAAGCUUUUGCUGCUCUGAACAAACAUGCGUGUGCGUGGUCACAUAGACACAGCAGUCAUUCAUCAGGAACAGAGAUGCAAAGGUAGUUGCUCUAUGGAAUAUCUUUUUACACCAUUUACUUAUAUAUAAAUUUUGUUCGAUUAAAAUAUUUAAUUACCAUAAGCAAUAAUGAACAGUGUCUUUACAGAUAUUGCAAGAAUGUAUAUGAACCAGAGAGAAAUGCUUUAAAAAAAAAUCUGAAAAUUGUGAACUACCCCAGCAACGAAAUGCUGUACUUCCAAAGAGAAUUGGGCUGCUUCUAUUGAUUUUGAUAGAGAAAGAUCCCAGGGAUCAGUCAUAAAUUGGUCUGGUUUGAUAAUGUGGGCAUCCACACAAAAAAAAUAAAAACAAAAGAAAAACCUUGUAAAUGUUCCUUUGUAAAACUUGUAAAUUUUAUUUAUACUGUCUUGUUUUGUACACACAUUUAUGUGUAGUGAGCUCUGAAUACAUUGAAAAUGCACUAUAUUUUUCUAUUUUACUUGCAGAGCAUCACAAACAAACAUGUAUAUUCAGUGCUACAUAACGUGUUUUCCCACAUUUAGGACCAAAGAUAGUUAUCAAAAACUUAAAUGCAUCAUUUUCCCCCCUCCUUUUUUCUCCCUUUUUUUAGAUCACUGUACAGUGUUAUAUUUGUCAUUUUAUUUAUUUGUUUCAUUAGAAAAGUUUGGUUAUACUAAUUUUUUGUUCCCCCCCACCUUUGUUGAAGAAAAUCUGUAAAAAGCUUUUAACUAGCAUAAUCCCGAUACAUAUACACUUCCAUUUGUAAUCUUUGUAAUAGACUGUAAAUAUAUUUUUGGAACUAUAAUGCAAUGUGCAUAAGGGUUAUUUUUCAGUGUCCAUAUAUGAUUGUUUAUACAAUUCACAGCACUUUACAGUCAUGCUGAGAAGCCUAAUUUAUUGCCUGGAUUUGGGCAGAGUAAGAAAAAAAGGUGACUAUUCUUAUUUCGUAUUAGAUUGUCAUUCAGUAGAAACAGAGUUAUUUUCACGUAUGCAGCUCAAGAUGUUUUUUUAACUAUUAAAAUUAAUUUUCUAAAAAUACUGUAGGAGUAAGACGCAGAGUAGACUGCAUGCCCAAUAUUGAAAUUAGUGCACGCAAGCACUCGGACAAGGCAUUUCAAGUAACCAUUAGAACACAAUUAAUAAAUACACAAUUAAUAAACAUCCAUUUUGUGUUAUAACAAAUGCUAAGUGCCUCACUACUGGGGUGAGCGUCUGUGGGCAGCUGGGCAGGGUGCUUGUCAGUCUUGUUGCUGCUUUAGGCACCCAGCUAAGAAUUUAGCAGUCUUAAGUUUAGACACCUGCUUCCUUAUAAAUCUUGGCUACUGUUUCCAAGGGCUUGGUCAUCAAAGGUGCAAUGCAGCAAUGCUGGUAUUGCUGAGAACCUACGAACCCUAAAUGCAAAAGAAUUGAGGCCAGGCUUCACCUUUAGGACUUGUUCAAUAUUCUGAAGCACAGAGGCCUCGAAGCAUGUGUGGUGACUUGGGCUCACACAUGUACAAGUGAGGGCCCUAAUGAUAUUUCUUCCUUAAUUUUCCUGGUUUGAUUUAAGCCAUCUUCUUUGAAUAGUAAAUAUAUUUUAGCAUUCAUCUAUAUACCUUGACUGCCUUAAUGUUGCCACAGAUUUUUACACAUUUGAAAGUGGUAGAGUAGACCCAGAAAGCACAAUCGCAAUCAACCGCAAUCAAUCAGAUAACUUAUCUAUAUGUUAAGAUCAUUACUGCAUUUAGAACACAUGCAUGUAAAUUGAUUUGUAACUGGUAGAGCAGCAACAUAUUGACAUUGGUUGCAGUUCCCCAGGUUUCAAAAAACACAGUCCAGGGUAAGAAAAAUAAAGUGCCAGAGAAAGUUGAUGUUCAUGGGAGGAACUGAAGAAAAAGUUGGGUCACAGGGAGAAUGAAAGGCUAAAUGAUGAAAAAAAAAUUCAGUUCUGGCUUCAUUUCAAAGGAUUUGGAAAUUGUGCAUUGCUAAUGACAGAUUGCCAGGCUGUCAGUGAGGCUGAUCUUUCUUGACUUUAUCCAUCUACAAGCAUCUAGAAGAGAGAUGCCUAAAGAAAAGCAGGAUGAAUCUCCCUCUGGGAAUGCUUAUCUCCAUUAGCUGUAGAGGGAAGCCAGAUGAUUAGCUUAAAUUAGGCAUCUAAUAUCUAUAUAGCUAAAGUUAGGUAAAGUGAUUCCUACCCUAUCUGUCCUUGGCUGCUACAGUUUUCCUUGUAAGCCGAGUGUCGUAGAAAGGCAGCUCCUCCACCACUGGUAUAUCCCAGAAUGUAUUUAAACUGGGCUUUAUCACAGAAAGAAGUGAUUUUUUUAAUUACUAUUAUUAUUAUUAUUCAGAGGCUUGUAACAGGUCAUCUAAAUGCUUUUUGUAUGUGGAUAUAAAUUCUUGAAAAUUUCUGUGAUUGUUCUGAGGAAGACCUGCCUAGUAAAUUACAGUUAUUUAAUAUUUUAAAUAAUCAGAAAUAUUUGCUGACAUACUGCUUUAGUCCAGAGGUUAUGUGAUCAGAUAUGAUAGUUGCUGUUUGCAAAACCAUGUUUAUCUAAAGCCUUGUCAUGUAAAAAUCUCCAGGAGGCAAAGAUGCUUAAAUGUAUCUCAAAUUGAAUGUUGCCCUUAAUAUCUCAAUAAUUGAGCUCUGUCUGUAUUAUUUUCAGUUUAAAAUGAGGUCUUUUAUAUUUGUUUAAGCUUGAAUUAUCUGGCAUCCACUGAGGGAGUUUGAAAAAUUGAUUUUAAAUUAAAUUUGCUUUUCUCCACUAAUAGUAAUAUACAAUGAAUAGUUUCCACUGUUUUGAAUGUUACAAAAACUAUUGCUUUAAUGUGGGGGAUGAAGGGGUUUAUUUUUGUUUUGUUGUUGGUAUUUUUUUACAUUUAUUGGUUAGUAGUUGAAAUAAAAAAAAUAAUAAUUUGUCCUUAACUUUCUAAGUAAUUCAUAUGCAGCAAUUUUGAGAAUUAUUUAAAUUCCAUGACUUUUGGGUUACUGCUGAGAUGGUAUUCGUGUCACUACAGCCAUUGUGCCAGGAGAUACAGAGACACCCUGCCACAGGAGCAGGUUCAGCUAACAUUCUGUUGCCCAGUAACGGCAUGAAGCAGUUCACUGCCUGUGUGAAAGGAGUGAAGGGCAACUUGGCCAAAAAAUGGUCAUUUCACCUUUUAAAAGUAUAUUUGUUACAUGUUAGAGCUAAAACAUCCUUAAUUCAUUGCCUCCCUUGCAUGUGGUUAAAAACUGAUGUGCUCAUGAUAUGCAUUUGGGCUUUGGUGAGUUUUGUUUGUUGGUUGGGUUGUUUCUCCUAUUUGUUUUAUUUUAAACAAGUGACAUUUGAAGUUCUCGUGGAAGAGAACAGAUUCCAUACAGAAUGACAAGCGCUGUUUUAGGAAAGUACAAUACAAAUUCUUGCCCAAGAGCCAUUCUGGCAGCAGGUGCUGCCGGGGUAUUCAGACAGUUGGUGCUAUGAUAUUCUGAGCAGUUAUCACAACAGGGUUUCUCCAUCUUCAGGACAUGUUAGGACUGUGCUUCUGAUCAAUUAACUCAUAUAUGGAAACAGGCAAAAUUUUUCCCCCCACUAAUUUGUAAUGGACCUGCAUAUGGUAGAUUUGAGAUUUGCAAGAUUACUCAAAAGUCUUAGUCUAAAACAAAUUUCUAGUAAAACAUGAAAUCCUGGGCUGUAGCCUAUAUUUUUUUCUCAUAUUCUCUUAAGGGAUUCAAAUAUAGCCAAACAAUUACUUUUAAACAGGUAUCUUUAUUGUUUGCAUAAUGCAGCCCUCUAUUUACUUGGAAAUAGGCGGUUCUACAAUUAAAGUUCCUGCAAAAAUUGAUUGGGGAGGAAUGGGAAAGCAGAGAUGAAAUAACAACAGUUUAGGGAAAAAAAAAAAAGAAAAAAAGAAAAACCUCAUCCAACAAAUGGCCUGUGAAACCCAAAGUAUAACAGGGUUCCCCAUUUUUGUAACAUAUUCCAUAUAGGGAUUUGAAAAAUAUAAAUGAUUAAAUCAUAGGCACAAAAUCUGCAGUAUCCUGACAAAAGAGUAGUGGCAGAAUGCAAGCUAAUUUUAUGAGAGUUUUUCCUCUGGAUUUGGUUUUGUGGGACUUCUAAGUUACAAUAAUUGACACGUGCAUUUAGAGCCAAAUCUGUUGCGACAGGCUAAGGGAUAAAAUUAGCAUGUCCAUAAGAUCCAUGAAAUUCUCAGAGUACUUUCAGGGUGGAUAAGGGUUAGGCAGUUUGAAAGUGAAAGGAGUGAUGUGUAGACCCUGUAGGUUACAUCCAACAAGAUUAUGAAAGGUUAGAAAUUAUGGAGGAAAACCCUCACUUUUGUACGUGGUGAGAAGUCAGAAGAUGGGAGGGAAUGGAAAGAGAGCCGUGAAGUCAUUCAGAAUGUCUGAGAUGUAGGGCUCCACAAGACAUUGCUGACAGGGGAGUUAAGGAGUGUGAAGAUUUUUUAAGUAAAGAGACACUGUUAAUAUAAUAUACUUAAUAAUGGAAUGUGGAGUGGUUUCAGUACUCUGAUUUUUCCUCAGGCCAGAUUGGAAUUUGUCAAAGAGACUAAAUUGAGACAGAUGGGAAAGCAACUGGUAAUACACAACUCAUUCAAGCAGACUUGAAAUCGAGACAUGAAAGGAGAAUUUUACAAUAAAAGCCUGAAAAUAUGACAUGAACUAUGAUGAUAUUUACUCUCAGAUGAUUUUAGAGUAGUUCUCUUUAAGUCUUGUAUAAUGAUAGCAGAUUUUAGCACUUACACCAUACAAAUUGGGUGAAAUUAAUGUCUAAUUAGAGUGACCAAAAAAGAACCACAAGUUAAAAAAUAAUUGAUGUCUUGAUAGACUAUGAAAAAAGAUGUGAUACAGCCAGGCGAAACUUGUGUAGCCAGCCAAAUGAAUCUUGGACAAAACAAGACAUAAUGCCUGGUGCCAGAAGAGCUAAAUCAGGAAUAGAAAAUCUAUUCAUUCAUGGACCAAGGCUUCUGCAUUUAAUUGAACCAAAUAACCAAUAGUAGAACUGUGCUGCUAAUAAUAAUUAAUAACGAAAAAUUACAACUUAGAGGUCAUCUGAUGAAUCAUAACAUGGCUAACACUGAAAAACAUGCACAGUGCUUUAAGCCAUAGCUACGCCCAAAGACUUACAUGUGCUACUGAUAUUAGAGUUCCAUGACUCUGAGUAUGUCAAGUCAUUUAUAAACUGGAGACAUUACAGCCCCAAGUCCAUAAUUAAAGCCUUCCUCUUUUGUGCCAAAACAAAACAGAAGGAAUGCUGAGAGUCUGUAGGAUCUAUCAAGUGCAAUAGAAAUUAUCUUGUGAUUAUAUUGCCCAGAGAUGUAGUCUUCCUCACUGGAGAUAUUCAAGAACCAUCUGGACACAGUCCUGUUCCAUGUGCUUUAGGACAAACCUGCUUGAGCAAUGAGGUUGGACCAGAAGACCCACUGUGGUCCCUUCCAAACUGACCCAUUCUGCGAUUCUGUGAUUGUUGCCUUAGAAUUAUGAGGAAAUACAUGAAUUUACAUAAAGGAACAAACUUCCUGAUCCAAAGAUACUGUCUCAUUGAGGAGAAAAAUCAUCCUUUAUUUUUACUCGUACAUUCAAAUCUGACUUGCAGGAGGCUAGACAGAUAGAUAGAAUGUAUCCACAUUGAUCCCUCUCAUUUCAUGUCUGUAGGAACAUUACUCAAGCAAUUUAUUGAAUGUUAUUCAACCUGUGUUACUAUGCCAACUUCCACUGGCUUCCUGAAGGGCUGCAUGUCCAUUUUUAACAUGUCUGCUGUAACACGUUUCAAUUUCCUUUUCUCAGGGACAAACAGCCUAUGCCAAGAAUGCAUAUGUAGCUUAAGAGCAAGAAGGUGCAGGAAUCUCAGAUUUGUUCUCUCCACCAUGUUGUUUUCAGACAUAAUCAUGAAUUAAAUGUGUUAUUGCCCUAAUAUUUCACAUAGCAAAUUGCAUGAGAAAUCUGAUUUGCCUGGAAGAAACUUAGUAAAAUCAUUCUGAUACCUCCUGAAGGCCACUCAAAAAUGGCAUUUUUUAACUGAAAGAGUUGCAGGCCGUUUCAUUCCAGGUAUCUCUCCUGGUUUGUUUACUGGAGUAGCCCAUAAGUCAUCCCUUGUAUUAGUCUAUACAAAAUAGCAGUGUCUCCUUCACCAGUAGACAAUAUUUGUACCCUCAUGGGCUGCUGGAAAAAAAAAACAGGGUUAGAUUCAAAUCCAGGCCAAUAUGCCUACCUGAAGAAACUGGGCCAGCAAGGCACUGAGAGGUAUUCCUAAUGAGGAUUCUCCUUUAAUAUUACUGGGCCUCAGUGCUGUGAAGAAAUUAUUGUUUGCUGUUGUGGAGAGAAAGGUUGCACUUUACUACAUAGCUUCCCUACUUCAGUUCAUCCACUGCCAAUAGCAGGAGUGGGGGCACGGAAGGAAAAAAAAAUAGCUUUUAGGCAUUUCUUUGUAGUGCUCUUUUCAAGAGAAAUAGUUGUCUCAAUGCCUACAUUACCUAAAUUUGUGCAAGAGGCAAAUCCUGUUUUAUGAUUUCUACUUGCUGGCAAAAGCAUCCUAAUUAGGCUGUGUGCUCUGUGUUGCAAAUCUCAGCCACAAACUGCCUCCUAUCCCACGAAACUGCUUUACUAACAGCAAGGUGACUUCCAGAUAGUACCUUUCUUGCAGUAGUUACUUGAGUAUCCCAACACCAAGUUCCCUCUGCAGUUGUCCACAUUUGUUUACUUGUGCAGAGCUGCUUUUGAGGGAUAUUUUCUCAGCCAUGAGGUAGGAAAUUAUUUGCAGCACCAUGCUCUUCUUCAAUUUCUCCCCAGCUGGCAUCAGUUAUUAAUACUUUCCUAGCAGCAUCCAUGCUUCGCUGCAGGGUAAGUAGAAGAUGAUUGUGAGGAAGGAACAUUUACUACCCCAGAAACAACUAAAGCAAUGUCUAUCUACAACCAACAAACUAUGAGUCAGGGAGACCAUUCUUGAGUGCAGAAGUCAUUAGUGUUGAUUAAAACAAAUCAAAAUAAACAAGAAAAAGAAGUGUGUUUACAGUGGGGGGAGUUGUUGAAUAUAAAAGAGUGGAAUGUCAGGCUUCUGUGGACUGCCCAAUUAACACCAGUGAUACAAGCUAAUGGAGUGUAUUUAAAAUAAUGUCAAAAUCUUUCUGUUGGCAAUCUAAAGGGGAGAUGAACAGCAGAAAAAAACCCCAAAACACCUGGUGAAGGGAUUUUUUCAGGGAAGCAGGAGAAAAGAGUUACCUUUUGUGAUUUUAUAUUCCUUGUAAUGAAUGGGGUACAAAGUCUCUUCCCAUCCAUUUGUACUGUUAUAAACAUAUUUCUUAUAUGGAUUUUAUGAUAUUAAUAUAGCUGGAUUAUUGAAAAUCAUACGAGAACUAAUGCUUGACCUGUGUCAUCUGCUUUUGAAUUAUUUGCUGAAAAAGCAAGAAGAUAUACCAUAGAAAUAUACCUGCUGUCAGUAUAGCAAAGUAUCUUAAUAAUUAUUGAAAAAGGUAAAAAAAUCUGUAUAAAGUAAACCUUUAAAGUAGCUAAUACCAUUUUUACACUUGUAUAUUUGUAAUUGGAUUGUGCAAAGCUGAAUUUAUCUUCUUUUUUUUAACAUCAGAUGCUGUCCAGUUAUUUAAAUUUAAGAUUAAAAAAAUCUAUAUUUCAUAAUGCUUUAGGAAGUGGUUGCAUGAUAUUUAAGGCUGAAUUUUCACAUCUAAGUUAAGAGACCUUCACUUUGGCUACCACAGAAACAGAAGCCAGAUAUCUUAACAAAGACUUAUAUAUGUGCAAAUGUGUCAUUGAACCAUUGCAGCAUACUUUUGCAAAACAGUAUAUUAUAUUUGGCAGGGCUUAGACCAUAACUUCUAUUGUGUUGUUGCUAUUGUUUUUAAUUUAAAGCCUUUUGGUGAUGGAAGUCCUUGUUAGCUAAGGUCAGUGAGCAUUAGUAAGCAGAUGAAUAUGAUGUGAAUUGGUAGAAGCUGUUUGCUGCAAGUAGGGAGAUAUCUCACAGAGGUGACAUCCAGCUGUUACUGAGCUCACUGUCUCUCCUUGUUUAGCAUAAAUGCCAGAACAAGACAACAGACUGUCUCCCCUCAUGCUUACUGAUAGCUGAAUCAUGGCUAUCCAUAGUUCAGGAUGCUGAUGGACAUAUAAUACUUGUCUGGCAUCCUUAUGGAUAAGGCUCACCUUAUUUUUCUGUGAUUUGAUGAAUGGCCUACUUUUCUGGAACUUGUGGGAACGUUACAUAUCUCUUGGGUGAGAAAGGCAUAGAAAGACUGACUCUACAGCAUUGGGCUGUGGGAAGCUGUUACAAAAAGGCCAACAUGAUAUUUUCAACCUCUGUGUGGGAAAGGAGAGACUCAUAUAUUGGUAUUCAUAUGUUGCCAAACACUUUGAGCUGCAGCUGCUUGCCUGGGAAAAGGUUGGGUAGGGUAAGCCUAGUCCAAAAUUACCUCUGAAAUUACUUCCUGCAGUGUACAAUCCCUUCCCUUCCUGAUGCACCUUUCCGCUUCAGAAAUCCCCUCCUUAUUCUGAAAAUCUUGUUUAUGAUAUUUCUGUGGGAAUGAAGAGACUGUUGUUCUGAGCAAAAUGGAGAUUUUUCUUGGAAGACAUUGAGUGGCCUUUCUCUUCCCAGAAAACCUAAUAUCUUGGUCUGCCAGCACCACACUUUGCCAUAUCAUUCUAACACUGCUCAACUCUUAGAUAAAGUGCAUGUGAUCUCUUUGAUCCUUCUUUACAUAUAUCUCCUGUUGAAAGGAUGAAUUUAGGCAUCUAAUUUCAGAGAAGGUUAGGGGCUGUGAAUCCCUAACACAUCCUGAUUUACUGUUGGAAUACAUGAUGCCUUACCCAGGACUCUUGGAGAGCUAGCUCUCAUGGGGUUUCCUUUAUCUGGAAGUUACAGUGUGGGUAGUAACUUUUGCAUGUUUUCUCCCAUUAUUGACUUCGGAUAUGGCCUUGGCGUGUAUCAGAGAUUGGAUGAAUGAGUACUAAAUCCAACCAUACAGAUACAGCAGCCAAGAACUGAAACCCUAUCCUCACUUCAGAGGGUUUAUCCACUGUCUUUGACUGGCAUUCAGUUUCUCCAAACCAUUUUAGGUUUCUAUCUCUUUCCAGGGAGAUAGACUGUCUAAAUCUGGAAUGAUAUCGGACAGCACGGCAGCUAGAAAUGAACCAUUAUGGUAAUGAGUAACUGGGUCAUAGAGAUGAAAGGAAAUUAUCUCAUUGAUUUGCCAUGUGUUGCACAGGGAUCCUCAUCUCCCAUUUGUUGAUGUUUCAUGCUUGUUAGCUUGCACCUGGGCUCUGCUCUGGUGAAACUAGUACUUGGGCUGUGAGAGCUAGUGGCAGCCCAGAGUAACGGUGUGCCACAGUCCAGGGCAGCCCUGUACACCAUCUCAUGAAUCUCUUGAUCUGGAGACCUCCAUCCUGGUGCUAACCAAAAAAAUAUGAGGAGAGAGAGUCAAUACAAAUAUAACUUAAGGUUUUAAAUACCUAUGCAUCAAAGUGCCAUUUGUGACUACCAUUUACCUUUAGCUUUGAAUAAAUUCACAUGUCAAUCAUUUUUACUAAUUCAAAGGCUUACUUGUCUUCAAAAUACUAAAAGGACCUAUCAGAGUAAAAAAGUUCUUCCUUUUCGAAAGGAUUUCUCCUCAGAGUUCCUUUUUGCUGAAUUCUUUUCUCACGCAUUCCAUGCAUUACUAGGGCUUCAAAGGGCAGGUGCAAAAAAACCUAAUAGAAAUGAGAUUUAGCUUAGUUAAUGCCUUUCCUUCAUUUAAAAUUAGUCCCUAGGACACUUUACUGGAGACAGGAGAAAACUUUCUCCAUCAGAUUGCUUCCUCUUUUUGUUUGUUAAGCCUCAGAUAUUAUGGCUAUUAAUAAUAUCAGAACCUCUUCUCAGUUUACCAUAAAACAUCUGCUCCCAUUUUGUCCACUUUGGUGACAGAGAUGUAUGGCAUGCAACGAUGUAUUAAUAACGCUCUUCUCUUGAAUGAGUAUCUUGCCUUUGAUUCACACUGGUAAAUAAUCUAAUCCAUGUGCUGGAAUGACAGAUACUACUUUGGAAUCAGCUAUAAGAAUAUUGGUUGGUAUAGCAGGGGGACAUUCCUCUGCUCAUUUAUUUUUCUUUAGUAUUAGUGUUACAUUGGCUUGUCUCAAUGUCUAUAAUAAAUACCUUUUCUCUCAGGAAUUUUCAAAUAAUUUAGUUAAGAGAUUUCUAGACAUAUGUAAAAUAAUUUCCGUUCAUUCCUGGCCUACAUCAAUUAGAGCUAAAGCUAUAUUGUUUAGAGAUUUCAUAUGACUAGUCGGUCACUAAAUGUACAGUAAAACCCACAUCUUAUUCUUACCUUUUAUUUUUUAAACUCUGGGUUUGUUUUGUUGGGGCUUUUUUAGCAGCACAAGUAAUACAAACAUUGUCUUCAGGUGCCUAAUAUCAUAUAAUGACUGAGAUGAAUCAGUUAAAAUGUUUUAUAAGAUUUUUCAACCAUACUAAGAGCUUCUGAUAAUAUCAGGUUAAGGGAGCGUCUACUUUCAUUAGCUUACAUGCUAGAAUCUACCUACCUUGUGUAUGCUUUUUUAAUUAAGCAGAGUUAAAUUGAACACACCCAUUCCACCGUUGUCCUGCUUCUCUGUUUUAAACAGUUAUCUACAUCUUCUCCCAGUACUUAAUUUUAUACUCUAAUCCCCAUCUGAAAAACUGCACCUCAUUCAUUUAUUUCCUUUGUUUCCAAUACUGAAAUUGUCAAGUAUAACCCUGUGGCUCAUUGAGAUCCGACGUGAAACACAACUACAUUUCCUUCAUGUUAGAGGUGUUUGCUUGGGAAUUUUUGAGUUUAUUGAUGUUUACCUAGCCAGUCAAUGGGAAUUUUUUUCAAAUAGUGGUGUAUACAUGGCAAUGAAAAUGAUAGUGUAAUUUACCUCUAUUACUUCCUGAUAUCAGGAUUCUGCUGCACUGCAAAUUUCAUAUCUGUUGUUAUUAUUUGUUUGACAGAAUCAAAAACAUGCCAGGUGCUUUGCAAAACAGAGAA